AUCCCCACAGUCUGUCUCCCUUCCCUUCUGCUGUGCUGUCCUAGAAUCAAGGGUCCCAGCAACAAUGCCUCUGUUUAAACGUUCAGCUGAACGAAAGCGCUCCUCUGGAAAGUGAGUUGUGGUUGAAGUGAAAGAUUCCCAAGCUUGUUCCCUACACCUUAAUAAACACUGCAGAGAAGCAAGCACGAGCUUCUGGAUGUGAAAUUGAUGAUGCAAUGCGUAGCUUUGCUGAAAAAGUAUUUGCCUCUGAAGUCAAAGAUGAGGGAGGCCGCCAUGAGAUCUCCCCCUUUGACGUGGAUGAGAUCUGUCCAAUUUCUCAUCGUGAGAUGCAAGCACACAUAUUCCACAUGGAGACGCUGUCUUUGUCCGGCUCCAUGGAUGCCCGGAGAAAAAGGCGUUUCCAAGGACGGAAGACAGUUAAUUUGUCAAUUCCACAGAGUGAAACAUCUUCCACCAAACUGUCCCAUAUUGAUGACUUCAUCUCUUCAUCCCCAACCUAUGAGAAUGUGCCUGAUUUCCAGAGAGUGCAGAUCACUGGCGACUAUGCCUCUGGGGUAACAGUGGAAGAUUUUGAGAUGGUUUGUAAAGGUCUAUACCGGGCCUUGUGUAUACGUGAGAAGUACAUGCAGAAGUCGUUUCAGAGGUUCCCUCAAACCCCUUCUAAGUACUUGCGGAGCGUCGACGGUGAAGCCUGGGUAGCAAUAGAGAGCUUCUAUCCAGUCUUCACCCCUCCUCCAAAGAAGGCGGAAGACCCUUUCCGAACAGAUGACCUUCCUGAAAACCUGGGCUAUCACCUCAAAAUGAAGGAUGGUGUUGUCUAUAUUUAUCCUAACGAAGCCGCAGCCAGCAAGGAUGAGCCCAAGCCAUACUCUUACCCAGAUCUGGAUGACUUCUUAGAUGACAUGAACUUUUUGCUUGCUUUAAUUGCCCAAGGACCUGUUAAGACCUAUACCCACCGGCGCCUGAAGUUCCUCUCCUCCAAGUUCCAGGUCCAUCAGAUGCUCAAUGAGAUGGAUGAACUAAAGGAGCUGAAAAACAACCCCCACCGAGAUUUUUACAACUGCAGGAAGGUGGACACCCAUAUCCACGCAGCUGCCUGUAUGAACCAGAAGCAUCUGCUGCGCUUCAUUAAGAAGUCUUACCACAUCGAUGCCGACAGAGUGGUCUACAGCACCAAAGAGAAGAAUCUGACCCUACAGGAACUUUUUGCUCAAUUGAAAAUGCAUCCCUAUGACCUAACUGUUGACUCUUUGGACGUUCAUGCUGGACGCCAGACCUUUCAGCGUUUUGAUAAGUUCAAUGACAAAUACAACCCUGUGGGAGCGAGUGAACUACGGGACCUCUACCUGAAGACAGAUAAUUUCAUCAAUGGGGAAUAUUUUGCCACCAUCAUCAAGGAGGUGGGAGGCGACCUGGUGGAGGCCAAGUACCAGCAUGCGGAGCCCCGUCUGUCCAUCUAUGGCCGCAGUCCUGACGAGUGGAGCAAACUCUCCUCCUGGUUUGUCUGCAACCGCAUCUACUGCCCUAACAUGACAUGGAUGAUCCAGGUCCCCAGGAUCUAUGAUGUGUUCCGAUCUAAGAAUUUCCUUCCACACUUCGGAAAGAUGCUGGAGAAUAUUUUCCUGCCAGUGUUUGAGGCCACCAUCAACCCCCAGGCGCACCCAGACCUCAGUGUUUUCCUCAAGCACAUCACGGGCUUCGACAGUGUGGAUGAUGAGUCAAAACACAGUGGUCACAUGUUCUCCUCCAAGAGUCCCAAGCCCCAGGAAUGGACAAUGGAAAAGAACCCAUCUUACACUUACUAUGCCUACUACAUGUAUGCAAACAUCAUGGUGCUCAACAGCUUGAGAAAGGAACGUGGCAUGAAUACAUUUCUGUUCCGACCUCACUGUGGGGAAGCUGGAGCUCUCACCCACCUCAUGACGGCAUUUAUGAUAGCAGAUAACAUCUCUCAUGGUCUGAAUUUAAAAAAGAGUCCUGUGUUACAGUACUUGUUUUUCUUAGCCCAGAUUCCCAUCGCCAUGUCUCCAUUAAGUAACAACAGCCUAUUUCUUGAAUAUGCAAAAAAUCCUUUUUUAGAUUUCCUCCAGAAAGGGCUGAUGAUCUCACUGUCUACAGAUGAUCCGAUGCAAUUCCACUUCACCAAGGAGCCCCUGAUGGAAGAAUAUGCCAUUGCUGCACAAGUCUUCAAGCUGAGUACCUGUGACAUGUGUGAGGUGGCAAGGAACAGUGUUCUGCAGUGUGGAAUUUCCCAUGAGGAGAAAGCAAAGUUUCUGGGUGACAAUUACCUUGAGGAAGGCCCUAUUGGAAAUGAUAUCCGGAAAACAAAUGUAGCCCAGAUCCGAAUGGCCUAUCGCUAUGAAACCUGGUGUUAUGAACUCAACUUAAUUGCUGAGGGUCUUAAAUCAACAGAAUAAAGUAAAUAAACUCAACAAUACACUGAGUGAGAUUUUCAUUGCA